AAGAAUAAGAAGCAAGCGUUACACUGUCACUGCCACUUCACUUUUUUCACCCUUUAUUUAUUUUUGUUAUUUAAAAAAAUAUUCACUCAUGCUUUAAUUGUUCUCUUUAUAUAUAUAACUCCACUUUACUUUGUUCUGAAUUCUUCUUCUUCUGUUUCCUCCUCCUUUCUUCUCUUUCCUCUCAGUUUUUCCUCUGUCAGAGACACAACAAUGGCCGACAUUACUCAUCCACCUAUGGAACAGCUUCAAGACCUUGAAUACUGCAUAGACUCUAAUCCUCCAUGGGCUGAAACUAUCCUCUUAGCAUUUCAAAAUUACAUUUUGAUGCUUGGCACAAGUGUGAUGAUACCUUCAAUGCUCGUUCCAGCUAUGGGAGGAAGUUCUGGCGACAAGGCAAGGGUGAUACAGACCCUUCUUUUUGUAGCUGGCAUUAACACACUUCUCCAAGCACUUUUUGGAACAAGAUUACCUGCAGUAGUUGGAGGCUCAUUUGCAUAUGUAAUUCCAGUUGCUUAUAUUAUUGGUGACUCCUCAUUGCAACGAAUUAAUGAUCCUCACGAAAGAUUUAUUCAUACAAUGCGAGCUAUACAAGGAGCUUUGAUUGUCGCUUCAAGUAUUCAGAUAAUCCUCGGUUACAGCCAAGUCUGGGGACUUUUUUCAAGAUUUUUCAGUCCUCUUGGCAUGGCACCUGUAGUUGGAUUGGUUGGGUUAGGAAUAAUUCAAAGAGGUUUUCCAGCAUUAGGGAACUGUGUUGAAAUUGGUAUACCGAUGCUUCUGUUGGUCGUUGGAUUGUCGCAAUAUCUCAAGCAUGUGCGACCAUUUAGGGACAUUCCUAUCUUUGAACGUUUCCCAGUUUUGGUUUGUGUCACAAUUGUUUGGAUCUAUUCUGUCAUCUUGACUGCAAGUGGAGCUUACCGACACAGACCUUCCAUGACACAGCAUAAUUGUCGUACAGACAGAGCUAAUCUGAUAUCUACUGCCCCAUGGUUCAUGUUCCCGUACCCUCUACAGUGGGGUCCACCCACAUUUUCUGCUGGUCAUUCGUUUGCUAUGAUGUCUGCCGUUUUAGUCUCAAUGGUGGAGUCGACUGGUGCAUAUAAGGCAGCAUCUCGGUUGGCAAUUGCCACUCCACCUCCUGCUUAUGUGUUGAGUCGAGGCAUUGGUUGGCAGGGGAUUGGUAUCUUGCUUGAUGGACUUUAUGGAACGGGGACAGGUUCCACUGUUUCUGUGGAAAAUGUGGGACUCCUUGGCCUGACUCGAGUUGGAAGUCGCAGAGUUGUUCAAAUUUCUGCUGGUUUUAUGAUAUUCUUUGCUACUUUAGGAAAGUUUGGAGCUGUAUUUGCAUCUAUACCCUUCCCAAUAUUUGCUGCAUUGUACUGCGUUCUAUUUGGCCUUGUUGGUGCCGUUGGAAUAUCAUUUCUUCAGUUUACAAACAUGAACUCCAUGAGAAAUCUCAUCAUCAUUGGGCUCACAUUGUUCCUCGGAAUAUCCGUUCCCCAAUUUUUCGAUCAAUACUGGACUAAUUCACGCCACGGCCCCGUUCACACCAACGCCCUAUGGUUCAAUGCAUUUUUAAACACGAUAUUCUCGUCGCCACCAACAGUAGGAUUGAUUGUAGCAGUGAUCCUUGACAACACUCUUGAAGUUGAAAAAUCGAAGAAAGAUCGAGGAAUGCCGUGGUGGGUGAAGUUUAGAACAUUUAGAGGUGAUAACAGAAAUGAAGAGUUUUAUACUUUACCAUUCAAUCUAAACAAGUUCUUCCCACCUACUUGAAGAUGGUGUAGAGAAAAUGAAGAGAGUAGAGUAGAUUUUAUUUUGGAUCUGCACAUUCCAGAAUUCAUGACUAACAAAUGCUAUUCUUCCUUUAACAUCACCAAUUUUUUUUUGUGGACCAUAUAAAUUUUGGUCCAACAGAGGAUUGUAAAAGCAUUUGGAACCAUGCUUUGUAGAUUUCAAUGGAAUAAAAAAUUUCCCUAGUUUAUUA